UUUUUGGAUUGUUGUCUGCUAGGACAGUGGAAUAGCUCAGUCCGUAGUGAGUUGGAUUGUUGUCAGCUAGGACAGUGGAAUAGCUCAGUCCAUAGCAAGUUGGAUUGUUGUCUGCUAGGACAGUGGAAUAGCUCAGUCAGUAAUGAGUUUGAUUGUUGUCAGCUAGGACAGUGGAAUAGUUCAGUCAGUAGUGAGUUGGAUUGUUGUCUACUAGGACAGUGGAAUAGCUCAGUCCGUAGUGAGUUGGAUUGUUGUCAGCUAGGACAGUGGAAUAGCUCAGUCCAUAGCAAGUUGGAUUGUUGUCUGCUAGGACAGUGGAAUAGCUCAGUCAGUAAUGAGUUUGAUUGUUGUCAGCUAGGACAGUGGAAUAGUUCAGUCAGUAGCGAGUUUUUGGAUUUUUGUCUGCUAGGACAGUGGAAUAGCUCAGUCAGUAGUGAGUUUGAUUGUUGUCUGCUAGGACAGUGGAAUAGCUCAGUCAGUAGUGAGUUUGAUUGUUGUCAGCUAGGACAGUGGAAUAGUUCAGUCAGUAGCGAGUUUUUGGAUUGUUGUCUGCUAGGACAGUGGAAUAGU